AUGUCUAUCCCCGCCUUUCUCAUCAGUUUUUGUUCAAAUUUGUGGCUCUACUCGGCGUUGAAGUUCGUUUCUGGGUUCGGCCGUGCGGGUAUCGGGGCGUGCGUGCUCGUGUUGUCGUCGGAGAUCGUUGGGAAGCGGUGGCGAGGCCAGGUGGGGCUCUCCGGCCUCCUUCUUUCCACCAUAGGGUUUUUAUCGUUACCCGCGAUUGCUUUUUUGACUAGAGGCUCUUCGUGGAGAGUUCUCUAUUUAUGGACAUCUGUCCCUGCAAUUAUCUACGCUAUUAUAGUACAUUUUUUCGUAUACGAGUCUCCUAGGUGGCUUAUCAUGCAAGGCCGCGAACAAGAAGCGAUCGCGGCCCUUGUAAAACUCUCGCCAACUCACGAUGACGAGGGGAGUAUAGACUUGAAGAAAAUAUUGAUUGCAACAGUGACACCAUCAUCAUUAGCGACGAAGAACAAUCUGCUCUCGUCGAUAAAACUCUUGUUGGAGUACCGAUGGGCACUCAAGAGGUUAUUGGCGACUAUGGUGGUGGGUUUUGGGGUAGGGAUCAUGUACUAUGGGAUGCCAUUGAAUCUUGAAAACUUGUCGUUCGAUCUGUACCUGAGCGUUGCGCUAAAUGCCCUAAUGGAACUCCCCGCAGCGCUAUUCGUCUUGGCUUUCAUCGGACGGUGGAGCAAGAAGAGUUUUGUGCUGGUGUCCGCCAUCGUGAGCGGCGGUUGUAGUGUGAUGUGUGCGGCGGUUGCCACCAUCGUCGACGGCGGCGGAAAUGGGUGGUGGAAAGGGUUGCAAGUUGGGUUGGAGUUGGUGUCAUUUUUGAGUGCUUGUGUGGCAUUGGGGGCGUUGACUAUAUAUGUAUUGGAAUUGUUUCCAACAAAAGUGAGAAACUCUGCAACUUCACUGGUGAGGCAAGCACAAGUGCUGAGUGGGGUUGUAAGUCCACUGCUGGUUGGUUGCGGAAAGUAUAACCCUUUUUGGUCUUAUGGUGUGUUUGGAUUAUUGAUUUCGUUUUGCGGUCUCUUUGUAAUUUUUUUACCGCAUACGAAUGAUGUCAUCUUUUCUGAUUCCUUGGAAGAGCAAGAAAACAACGAGAAGGCGGUUUCCAAUCCGGUUAAUGGUGCCUAA